AUGCUCCAAGCCCUGGGAGGCCCUGUGCCUCCAAACACUGACCAUGCCGUCAGCGUUUCACUACCUACAUGGAGAUCUAAUAUCGGUUAUGAGGAAGGAGAAGAAUGGGUAAUGGGCAAGAUGCAAUGCGGAUAUCCGCGAUUCUUUGUGCACCGGAUUAUUCAGAAGCUGGUACAAGAAGUUGUCCAACGUGUAGGCAACCCAGGGAAAGACACAGCGACCCUAUUCGCAUCCCUCAAGACAGCACGCAUCUGUCACUCGUUUAUUUUGUCCAAAACCCCCCAAGAACGAUCGCAAGAAAUCCGAAUCAUCAGUUUUGUUCCCUCCCCACGAACCGAAGCCGGGUCUGUCUCAUCCCCCCUGGUCGGUGUGAUUUAUCCCCAAGAAUUUGCUUCCAUUGGCAAGGAGGUGUGGCAGCAUUCCGGAAAUGGAAUUUCGAGUCGGCGGGGCGAGUUUUGUCUACGCGCCCUACAGGAUGGUUUCUUGGUAGAGGAAAAGAGUUCUGCUACUGAUCUCGCUCCUCAACGACCUUGUAAAGGUCCUCGAAGAUAUCAGGGUCGAGGCUCCCUCAGUGGACCAUCCAAGGGCUCAACUCCUGCUUCCUCUUCGCUGGCAUCUACCGCAACUAGCGGUGUCGAGGAUGGCCGGGAUUACGCCCAAUUCAUCGAAGAACGUUUUGGGCGGAAUCUGAGUGCUCAGCACGCUGAUCAGGCCAAAGUUGCAAUCCGACGCCGCAUUGCUGGCGUUUUGACCACCAACGUGGAAUUGCCGGAAGCCCUAGAAACAGCUUCCCCUGGGGGUCGAGUCGAUGAUAUCUCCGAAGACGACGUCCUUCUUUAUCCAUCCGGAAUGAGUGCUAUAUUCAAUGCGCACCAAACUCUGAUGACUGCUCGAGGUGCCUUGAAGAGUGUAUGUUUUGGAUUUCCCUAUACCGAUACAUUCAAGAUUCUACAGAAGUGGGGAACAGGCUGCUUAUUUUAUGGCCAUGGCUCGUCGGAGGAUCUCGAUGAUCUAGAAAAGAGACUACAGAACGGCGAACGAUUUCUUGGACUUUUUACGGAAGCCCCAGGCAAUCCUCUACUGAAAACCCCUGACCUAGCUCGCAUACGAGGCCUAGCAGACAAGUAUGAUUUCGCGGUGGUUGUUGAUGAGACCAUCAGCAAUUUUCUCAAUAUCAACGUCCUUCAGUAUGCAGACAUUGUCGCUAGCAGCCUGACAAAGGUUUUCAGUGGAGAUAGUAACGUCAUGGGAGGAAGUGUAAUUCUUAACCCCCAUGGACAGUAUUAUCAAAAGCUGAAGGAAACAUAUACUCAAGAAUAUGAAGACAUCUACUGGGCUGAAGAUGCCGUGUUUUUGGAGCGGAAUAGUCGCGACUUCAUGUCAAGAAUUGGGAAGAUCAAUUCUACAUCCGAAGAAAUCGCAGGCAUGCUGAACGAUUCCCUCCUCAUCAAACAAGUCCAUUACCCUAAAUUCAGCCCCACUCGACCCCUUUACGACAGCCUUCGCAAUCCUGAUGGUGGUUACGGUGGUCUGUUUUCUGUCACCUUCUAUUCCGACGCAGAGGCUAUUGCCUUCUAUGAUACGCUGGAAGUCUUAAAGGGCCCAAGUCUGGGCACCAACUUCACACUCUGCUCUCCGUACGUUCUUCUAGCCCACUACGGGGAACUCGACUGGGCAAGAUCGUUCAAUGCAGACCCUAGCCUCGUCAGAAUCAGUGUUGGGUUGGAAGAAGUGGCGGACCUACGCUCUAGAUUCCAGAAAGCACUGGACGCGGUAGAAAAAGCGAGAGCUUAG